AUGGCUUCCAUGACAGUCCAGCAAGACGCAGCCGACUUCGACCUCUCCGUGCGGUUCAGAAUUGACAACCUGCGGGAACUCUUGACUGACUCUGCCGAGACUGAGGGAGUCGAAGUUGAGCCUCGCAUGAGCAACGCCUUCUGGCCAGGCUUCAUGUUCAAGGUUUCGCGGGCAAUCGAAGGCAAGCAAAGAAAAUGUAGACUGUCCUUGUAUAUGCUCCCUGGAGACUAUUCCACACCAACCAUCGCAGUCUAUGCCUCUGUCUCUGUUCAGUCCCUCUUAGGAAAUCACACGUACUCAACAAAAGCACUAAAACGUCAGGCCACAUUUGACCACGGUCGGACGACCAUCGGCACACUGUUGUCGCAAAAGAUGUACGAAGCAUCAUACACCAUGCAGCGUGAGAACGCAGCCAUCGUCCUCGUCACCCUACGCUCUUCUAAUGCGCCGACUCCCCGCUCGAGCCCAACUCUCAACCUCAUACAUCGCGUCCUCACGGCACGUCCCAUAUCCAAUACCCGAUUCAUAGUCUUCCGUAGACGUGAUUCUACCGGUCGCUUAAGCUGCCCACGUGCGUUCUAUGCGAACAUGAAAGACCUCGCGUCCCAUUACGAGCGAUGUGAGGACCUACUCAACAUAGAAAAUAGCAUUGAGGGAUUUGAACUACCCGUUGGAGCUAGCUUGGAUGAUUAUAGCCUUACAUGCGACCAACACGAUUAUGACAGCGACUUUGAGCGAGACGAGGAGGAAGAUGACGAGGACGACGAUAUUGUCGUUGUCCAAAGCGAGAACUGCCGCCAACGUGCGAGGCGUCCGCUUCCAGGAGGCACUCCUGCCGACUCGAUGAUAGCAGAUGACAGUGUCACCCUCGAGAGCAUACAGGCUGAGGUUGAAGCUUCCAUGCAAUCAUCAACCGACUCUUUCGAUAUCAUCAAUCCGAGAGAAGGCGUAGAUUUGUAUUCUCCUUCAGAAUUCGAGGGAACGACGAUUGUCCUCCUCGGUGCUGCAGCUCGCACCUGGGAGGCGUUGCUGUAUUACCUAUAUACGGGAUUCAUCGACUUUGCACCGCUGACAUCACUGAAUCCAAAGGGUCAAGAUGAAUUCCUUGCCCGAUACCGUAGCGGCAAUCCUCACCGUCCACUGCCACCCUCGUGCCGCUCGAUAUACCGCCUCGCACACAUGCUCGAGCUCGACGGAUUGAGGAAGCUUGCGCUGGAGUAUCUAGAGUCGCAGCUGACGCCUGAGACACUACUCACGGAGGUGUUCAGCGAGUUCACCACGAGGUACGACGAAGUCAAGGAGAUGGAGCUCGCUCUGGUAGUUAGAUAUUGGCACGCGCUGAAGGCGUCGUCUGCCUUCAAGAACAAAAUGGUGGAGGUGACAAGCGGGAGUGUCCCGCACGCUGCCGACAUCAUCUCAGAGAUCAUGAUGCGGGUCUCUGCACAAAAGGCCUGA